AUGGCCGAGAUUAACGAGCGUGCAUCGACUUCUUCACCACCGGAACCGUCAACACCAGCUCCUGGACCCGAAAUCAAGCAGCUCGCUGAUGUAAUGUAUGACCGUGUCGGCGCCUUCUUACAGUCGCAGAUUCAAGGUUCGAUUGAUGAGUACAAGCUUUUGGAGGAUAUGAAUAUGGCAACCGCUCAACGAUAUGUGGACAUGCGUGCCGUUGCGGACAAAGUAUCCGAGAAGCUAGUACGCCUAAAUGAUAAAUACGAAUCACUUCGUCCAUACUUACAACAAAUUGAUGAAAUGGAUGAAAGUACACGCAGAUUGGAGGAAGCAGCAAACAUUCUCGACCAGUAUGUCACGGCUUUAGAAGCAAAGUUACAGACCCUUCAACAAGACGGCUCAUCGACGUGA